GUCGCAUUUCCCUUCAAGUCUCUUUUACUGAUUGGUUCCUGAGGAGUAAACCCAGCAUUCCACGCCGUUUUGCUGCAGCAGCUUUCCCACUGCCAACUGUGGUCUUUUCUCUCACCUGGACUCUCCACACACUCGGAGGGCUGCCCACUCGAAGUUCACACUGCUGGCAGCUUCUAACUCGUUCGAGGACUGCUAAUCGGCUGUGCGUUGGAUUGGUGUUGGUGGAAACAUGUUUGCGUCAGCUGUGAUUGUCACCACCUUGCUUUGCUUCUGCUCGCUCCAUCCUACUUUUGGACAGGAUUGUCCUAGUAAGCAGGAAAUACAAGGUUCUCUUAAGCAGGUCCAGAAGCUUCUGUCAGCCCAUGAAGCCUCCUACCUGCAGAGUCUUCGCAACCUGAAGAAGAAAAUAAAUUUACUGCAGAGUGCCACUGGGAAGCAGACCACAAAAGCCAUCAACAGUACCUGCCCCAAACUGGACGCUCCUCUCAGUGGGAGGAAACUUGGCAAGUCACAGAGCGUGGGCCAUGAGGUUCACUUCCUGUGUGACCCUGGGUACGAACUUGUGGGGGCAGAGAGCAGAGUUUGUCAGGAGAGUCUGACCUGGAGCGGCCAGCAACCCACCUGCCGAGAUAUCAAUGAGUGUGCAUCGUCUCCCUGUAUGAACGGUGGGACAUGUGUGGAUGAGGUGAACCAGUUUUCUUGUAUUUGUGCCAAAGGCUGGGCUGGAGUUACCUGUCAAAGCCCAGUGCCAACAUUCUUUGUCACCAUGACAAACACCUCUGCCGCCACCUCCCCAGCCACCGCUGCUGCUGCUGCUGCUGCUGGUGCCGCUGCCGCUACCCUACCAGCUGCCACCACUGGGCCUUUUGUUCGUCCGUCACGUUGCACUACAGUUCAGGGAACCACCCACUGCACCUGUGAGCCAGGAUACACCAUCUCUGGCAGAGACAGCACCAUCUGCACUGAUAUAGAUGAAUGUGAACUGUUCCAUAAUGGACAGGCUGGCAGAUUGUGUUUACAUGCUUGUGUUAACACUGCUGGAGGCUAUCGCUGUUCCUGUCCUGCUGGAUAUAAUGUAACCCGCGAUGGACGCAGCUGUAAAGAUAUUGAUGAAUGUGCCACCAGACAAAACGACUGCACCAAAGACCAGAUGUGCAUUAAUACAUAUGGUGGUUUCCAGUGUGUUCGUGUGGAUUGCCCUAAAAUCCCGAAUGCUACAUAUGUCAAGACGUCGCCUAUGCGUUGUGAGCGUAACCCCUGCCCUGUGGACAACAAGGCUUGUUCUCAGGCCCCCAACUCCUUCUCCUACCAUUACCUGGCCGUUGUGUCCAACCUGUCAGCUCCUCGCGUCAUGUUCAGGGUCUCGGCGUUGCGUCCAAUAGGGGACACGCUUCGCUUCUCCCUGCUGGGAGGAAGGCACGCUCGCCGCCACUUCACAGUCCAGCGUUCAGACCGUGUGACAGGUCAGCUGAUGCUGGUGAGCCCCGUGCAGGGACCGGUCACUCUGGAGGCAGAGGUGGAGAUGAGCGAGAUGGAGAGACGAAGCCAGCUGGGGAGAUACAUCACCAAAGUCACCAUGUUUGUGUCUCAGUAUGAGUUCUAACAGAAACACAUUUAUUGCACAAAGAUAGCAGUGAGCGUAGAGGAUAUGAAAGGUGAAUGACAUGAUGUAGCAACAAAGUAAAGCAGCACUUGAGUGGAGGACAACAAGCUGGAACAGGCAGAAAGGUAGGCUGUCCACCCUGAAAUAAAGUAUUAUUUUUGUAAAGGCUAAAUUGAUAUGUAUACUGGACAUGUAAUCGUGAUGUGUUAACAUUUUGUAAUCCUCUUUGCUUUCACUUCAUGUUUUAUUUAUUUUCCUUUUUUCAGAACGAGUUCAAAAGAACUAUAAUAUUCAUUCCUCUGAUCAUUAAACAACAUGUAAACCAUUAAAAA